UAAACAUGGCGGCUGCGGGCCCCGCCAAGUCCCCAAGUGGACUUAUUGGACAGCGGGAAAAACAGAAAAGCAGGAACGGGUCCAAGGAUGAACAGCCAGAAGGAAAAGAAACUACACGGUUACUAACGUUGGAUGAGGCCAGGUGCCCGUUGUGCCACGAAAUCUUUCUGGAACCCGUUACUAUGCCUUGCAGACACUCGGUGUGUCUUCCCUGUUUUAAGCAAGCAGUACAAUUUACCAGUCUGUGCUGUCCGCUCUGUCGCCUCCGAGUGUCCAGCUGGGCCCGCAGACAGUCCCGGGAGAAGGGCCUGGUAAACACUGAACUUUGGGAUAGGGUCAGGCAGAGUUAUCCCGAGAAAUGCAAACAGAGAAUGGAGCGACAAGAGGGAGAAGAGAAAAUAUUCUGUUCCCCUGCUCACAUUUGUAAACCUGGAGACAUCCGACAGGACUAUGAGCAGCAAAAGAAUAAGGUGGUAGUGAAAGAGGAGAAGAGAACACAACCUCAGCAGAAAAUGGAGGACUGUGGAAUACCAAAGCACUUUCAAAACUCUAUCUUUGGGGUUUUGUCCGACCUGGAGAACGAGGAGCCGGCAGGGAGGAGGAGCAGACACGCGUCUGCAUUCGUCCGCAAAACCCGGAGUUCCCCAGCGUCCAGCCGAAUCAGUCUGCAGAACCGGGUGGUGCAGAGGAGCAGGAGCUGUACCGAGGGGGAGGAGGGCCGGGGGAAGGACGGCUGCCCGUCACGGCUGUCUGCCAUGGCCGAGGCUUCCGUGGCCUACAGCUACAACGCGGGGAUCCUGCUGUCAACGGAGAAUAGCCGGUCCCUCUCCGCCCCGGCCCUCGCCUCCGAAAGGCGCCACCCCUGGCGGGGCGUCGCCAUAGCGACCGCCUCCAAGCCGGAGCGGUCAAUCAGCCCCGAGAGCAACGACAGCAUCUCAGAGGAGCUCAACCACUUCAAGCCCAUUGUGUGUUCCCCCUGCACCCCCCCAAAGCGGCUGCCCGAUGGCCGCUUCCUGGAGCCCACUGUGGUCAAGUCCACCCCCCGCAACCUGAGCCGCAGCCUGCAGCGGCCCACCAGCUACGAGGCCAGCCCCACCAUCCUGCACAAGUGGCGGCAGAUCGAGACGGACCGCCAGCUCAGCAAGGUGUCGUCCCGCGGCACUGCCACCAGCCCCGCCCUGGACCAGAGCCCAGCAGGGGACAGGAGGGGCAGGCUGGGGCAGGACGCCCUGGGGCAGAGCCGAGCAGGAGGCAGGAAGGGCAGGUUGGGGCAGGACACCCUGGGGCAGAGCCCAGCAGGGGGCAGGAAGGAGAAGCUGGGGCAGGACUCGCAGACGGAGAGCGAGAGAGAGGGGAAGCUGUGCAAUAAGAGAAGGUUAAUAUUCGAGCAGCCCGGCGCGGACCACAGCCUUCCUGCGAAGCGAUUGGCCAAGGCCCAGACCCCGCCCGCCCUGGGCUCGUGCGAGGAGUCGGAGGACGUGGCCGACAGCAGCAGGCGGCCGAUCCUGCUGCUCUACAGCCCGCGCGGCGACGCCCUGCAGUGCCCGCAGAAGCCACUGGAGGCGCCGGAGCAGCGGCUGAACCCCGGUUCCCGGACCAGCCGGAGGAGCCACGGCCGCAAGAGGAACCAGAAGACCAAGCACCUGGAGGCGGCGGGCGGCAGGGCGCGGAGCCGGGGCGAGGUGGACGUGGGCCGGCUGUACGAGCGCUGCCUGCAGCAGGAGCGGCAGGACCGCCAGCUGGCCCUGAGGCUGCAGAGACAGUUCAACAUGGAGCGCGAGCGCGAGGAGCGCAGGGCCAGCCCGGACCGCUACCUGCUGCGCUCCUGGGCCUUCCCCGACCGCCACGCCGAGUACAGCCCGCGCAGGUCCGUACGCAUCUCCAAAAAGAGCUAGCCCUCCGGCUCCUGUCCCUUCCCCACCCGUAGUCCUUCUUUGGUCAGUCAACCAACACGCUUGUCUUUGCUUCGGCCGUUUUUGUCCUUUUCAGGCACUUAAAUGUAACGCUUUUAGGCACAAAGUCCUUUGAUUCAGUGUUGAAGGCAAAUCAGGAUGGAAUCUCCCGAUGAGUAUCGAAUUGCACAGGGGGCAUGUUUUUUUGUUUUGUUUUGUUUUGUUUUGUUUUUUUCAGAAUUUUUCUAAUCUAAUAAUGACUUUGCUAUUAUCUUACUUUGUUUGAAAGUCACAAACUGAUUUAUUCAGUUGCAAAUAAUAUAGAUUGAUCAUAUGCAUUAUAUCAGAAGUAGUGAGAAGCUUACAUUUACCGCAAAUGCAUUUAAUAUAAUCUUUUUUUGAUAAUUUGCAGAAUCAGUAUGAUGUACUACAGUGGUAUGGAAGAUGCUACCACCUGGGUGGUUUGUGGUUAUUUCUGAAAGAUGUAACGCAUGGAUACAUUUUGUUUUUUUAUUUGGGUAAUGUACACCAAAAAGUAGGCAUCGGAGGUGCCCAGGCACAGGAAACAGACAGAUACUGUAGGACUUAGUAAUAACAGGACCACUGACCUCUGUGAGUAACGGCGGAAAACCAAAGGGCAUAGCUCCUACCAGGAAUGAACAGUUGAACAGCUCUACCAGAAAUGAACAGGCUGCCAACCAUAGUGUUGCUAUGUGGGGAGCAAAGGUGUUUUAUUGGUUCUUACCCAAAAUCUAUUAACCACGCCUGAAAUCCCCACCCAUUAUAGGCCUUGAGACGUCUCUCACCUAGUGUCGCCCCUGGCAACAGGCAGCCCUGGUCACAUGGGUGCAAGAACAACACGGCAAACCGCAUCUUCUAAAAAUAUAUACUAGGGCAUUUCCAAAAACAUGAGUAUGAAACUGUACAACAAAGACAUUUUAGGGCAGAGGUUAUGCUGUAUGUUAGUAUAUCUUUAAAUUAAUAUUAAUACCUGUGUCUUGACCUGACAUUUUUAGUUUUAUUUUAGGGUUAUUUUAUGCAUAAAUGCAUAUCAGUGUUUGCGGCGCUGUGAUGAGAGGGACAGCAGGUUCCCAGGGGCGUUUUCAGCAGAAUAAGACCAACCCUGUUCAUUUGUCCUGAUUGGAUACAAGUCAUAACUUUGACGUUCCAUGGAACACGUCUUUUGUUCUUUUUGUUUAAAACCACUAAAGAGCAAACACCCCCAUAUUGUCACAUCUGAAACAAUUCAUAUACAUAUAUUCAUAUUUAUUUUCCGGCCACACCCAAAAUAUUUUAGGCCGUCCCCGUGACUUUUCUGCUGAGAUUCUGGCUCUCAUCUUUCCCCCUCCUCUCCGGUGCAUUUCCGCCCUCAUAAGACCAGAGGUCAGCUCAAAGCCCUUCUAUUUCAGUGGGGAAUUCAAAGAUGUGUGUGCCGAACCAGCUUUUAUAAAGCAUUUAUAUUUGCUUAGUUGCUCAGCUUUACUGUAUGAUUUCUGGAAUGCAAGUGGAUGAAGUGUUUUUCACAAUCGUUCUAAAGGACUGGAUCUCUUGACUUAAUAUUCAAAUUAAUUUGAUUAGUCGCCUCCAGUGGUAAAAUGCUUCAGGAAAAGUGAGAAAAUGGGCAAAAAUCUACUUUAUAAUCCUUCAGAAAAUACAAGGCUGUUAUUUAUGUUAUGAAUGCAUUAAUUGUUGAUGGGUCACUGUGACCUGACUUACAGGUGCAGUUUAGAUUCAGACAUUGCCCUUUGAAGCACAAAACAUUUAUCUUAGCAUUUACAUUUACACUUAGGCAUGUAGUGGAUGGGAAUAGACUACCCUUACACAUUAUCUGAAUGGAACUGUCAACAAAGUACGGAAUGCAGUCUGCUUACUCCCAAGAACUUGCUCAUUUUCUGUGCCAAAUGUGUAAAAGUGUAGAAAGCUCAAGGAGUUUGAACAUUUGCACAACAAAAGAAAUCUGGCAGAUCAUUAAUGUAAGAGUUACACUGGUCUUUCAUUUUAUUCAUAUGUAUCCAAGCCUGAUUAAUGGAAUGCUGAGUAAAUAUUAACAGCAUCAUUUUUGUUGAGAUUUUAUUAUUUUUGGUUCAAUUUGGAUGUUCCGUGGCGAAAAAUUAUGUAUGGCUUCAGUGAGAGUUUUUCCCCAAAAAAAUGAAAUAUGGAACUAAGGUUAUGAGGGAGUUUUUACCACCCGUUACAUGAUUAGUGAGAACUGACAGGUUUCAUUUUAAUGUAAUUGCUACCUUUAAAAAAAUAUAUGACUUUGUUUAUUCAGAAUUAAAAAUACUCUUGGUUAUUGUGCCUGCAUAUAUUGUUAUUAGUCAAUGGGAAAAUGUGAAGGUUAAGCGUUUCUGUAGUGGUUAUUCGGGGAAUUGUUUGAAUGAUUCUGGUUAUAAUUCCUUUUUACUUUUUCAAACUUGCAACUUGAUAACUUAACCUGAUUUUUUUUUUUUUUAACUGUUUAAACUGACCACAUACCAGAUUCACCACUAUCAAUUUCACUGGAAUACUUUUAGAAAUGUACCCCACUCUUUCCUGUCAAAAGCCUCAACAAUACCUGUGCAGUUUCCAUCUUCAUUAGUUUUAAUUUUUACUAACUGUUGUGGUCUAUUGGAUUCAAGUUACUUUGACUUGGAAAAAGUCCCCUCAGUUGGGUCGGUCAGAAAAGGCUAGUGAGAUGGUCAUCAAACACUUUCAUUGUUACUCUCGUUUUCAUUGUUAAUAAAUAAAAUGCAAACUUAUUAGCAAUACUUCUUUUUUUUUUUGGCGCUAUUGUUGUGGUUUAUCCAGCAACAGUUGAGUGACUGGCCAAUGAAGUGACUUUGAAGCAGAGUACCUUAAAAGUGCUCCAGGCAGCAACCUGAACACAGGUGCUACUGGGCUGCUGUAGCUUUCAUCACAAGCCAUGUGAGACUUCCACAAGCAGUCAACACUACAUGCAGUCACAUUGCUCUAUGUUUUCAUUUUUCUGGGGUUUUCUCCCUCUUGUGUCAGUGCAAGAUGUACCUGUAUCUGCAGCGUAGCCUUGAUAUAAACACAUGCAUAUUCCUCCCCUGUUCACAAUUACAGUUCUUAGUAAAUGGGAAAUACCGACCACUGUGUCUUGCCUUUUGCAACACUGAACUAUGCAUCGGGGCAGAGACGGGCUGGAAGACUGAGGUUUAGCUCACCAAAUCCAAACCCUUUAAAAACCACACGCCAAUUCUGAUUCCAAAAGGAAUUCAGAAUUUCAUUCAUAUUUGUUGCUUUUUGUUGAAGUCUUUCAAGGGCUAUUGAUAUGAUUUUAUGAUUUUUACUUUCUGUUAAAGCAUUUGAAACAUGUUAUGUUAGUCUGCCAUCUGCCAAAUUGAGCUUUAAUUAUGUCAAAUGUUUAAAUGCUUAACUAACCAUUAUUAAAGGUGUAAUGAAAUAUGCACAAUGUGUACGCUAAAAUAUGGAUACAUGCGUAUAAGCCUACUCGCUGUAUAUAGAUUUAUUUUGUUAUUUCAGGGGAAGUAAACUAGGUUUGUGCCAAAGUGGAUUCUUUCCUAUGGUGGUGGUGGUGGCGUGAUUGAAAAUGACAGUUAGGUUUUAUCAGCACAGAAAAUGUGCUUGCUGUUACCACACCCUCAUCUAAAAGAUAAUGCACAUAUGUUGAGAUGUAUUUGGCUUUUUUACCACCAGGUAUAACAGUGCAGUGCAAUUCCAUCCACAAAUUGCCACUGGUUUCCUGCUAACUGAACCUGGUUGUAAAUUUAGUGAAUAAACUAUGGAGCUUGAGUGGCAGAGCUGCAUGACCCUAUCAGGAGGGGUUCUGUUGGCACUCCAUUCCCCACAUUUAAUGUGGGGUGGGGGGGGUCUUUCAACAGUCUGCUAGGAAUAUAGUGCUGCUUGGAUCAGAUGCUGACAAAGAAGCUUGUUUCACAAUACAAUGCCCAGCUCUGUUCUAAACACUGUGUAUUAUGUGUUUAUUUCUUGCUUUCGGAAAGGAAAUCCCUCAGACCGCGUGUAUAGUGCACACGGUCGCACAGCGUGAGGAGGAACGUGCAAAAUAGUUUGUUUAAGGAAUGUAUGAAUGCAUUCAGGGGGCAUCUAGGGCUGUGGCUUAAAAUGAUUAGAUUCACAACACAUUAACAAUAUCCUGUUGUGUGAACAUUUAAUUGAUGUUUAAUAUUCACAAUGUUGUGAGGAGAAUGUAAUUUUUUUGAUGUCAUGAUGGAAAAUGUUUUCCAUUGGACAUGCUAAGUACAAAGUAAAUAUACCUGAUUUAUGAAUGUUGUACAUACAAGCAUUUUCCAUGGGCUUACGGUUUCAUUGCACAACCCUAGAUGCCAUUUAAAAUUUCAGUUUGUAAGUAACUGGAGUUUUUCCAGGUCUUUAAAGCUCUUGUCUUCCAUCUCUUGUCAAAAAUAAUUUCACAAUUUAGCAAGCAUAAACAGUAUCUUUAUUUAGAUUUCCUUUUUUCAUGAACUAUCGCAAGUGUUGAAAGCAUGUUGAGGUUUUUUUUUGUACACACAACACUACUUCAGUAAUGUCCUGUAAUUAUGUAACAUACUGUAAUAUGUUGGUUUAUUUAAUAUUGCAAUGUUAUAAUUAAAGAUACUGUUAGAAAUCAUAUAUUUUAUUGUGAUCAUUUUCAAUAUGUUACAAGGAGAACCCUGGUGUUUUGAAGAAAUGUAGAAAUUUAUGUCAGGAACAUUGGUCCCCUAUUUGUGUGUAAUAAACCUGCCUCAUUACAUAUUUAA